CUAACAUUUACACGACCCACCUGUGGCGUCAUACAUCUCAUCAGAGGUGACAUACUGACGUGGCCAAAUCAAAACCUUUUUUAUUAUUUUAAUACCGCUUUUACCCUUCACUUCAGCCUCUCCACGUAACCCCGACGAAAUUUUCUGCGCAGCGAUUUCUCUUCCCAGAUCCUUCCUUCAACCUUUCUCCACAAACAGCAAAACUUUAAUAUCCGGCGUUGUUCGAUUCAGCGAUCGUUGUCGUUUACGAAUGGCCGGGAAACUCAUGCACGCUCUUCACUACGAGACUUACGGCGGUGGCGCUGCCGCUUUGAAGCAUGUCCAAGUUCCGGUUCCAUUGCCAAAGAGCAACGAGGUUUUACUUAAAUUAGAAGCUACUAGUCUUAACCCUGUUGAUUGGAAAAUCCAGAAAGGAAUGAUCUGGCCUUUUCUUCCUCGCAAGUUCCCCUGCAUUCCCGCUACUGAUGUUGCCGGAGAGAUCAUUGAGGUUGGAUCAGGAGUCAAGAAUUUCAAGGUUGGUGACAAAGUUGUAUCGGUUCUCAGCCAUCUAACUGGAGGUGGACUUGCUGAGUUCGCCGUAGCAAGCGAGAAGCUAACAGUGAAAAGGCCUCCAGAAGUAGGACCAGCUGAAGCAGCCGCUUUACCUGUGGCGGGUUUAACCGCUCUCCAGGCGCUAACUAAUCCCGCGGGGUUGAAGCUUGAUAGUACUGGCAAGCAGGCGAACAUCCUUGUCACAGCAGCAUCUGGUGGUGUUGGGCACUACGCCGUCCAGCUUGCAAAGCUUGGGAACGCUCAUGUAACCGCCACGUGCGGGGUUCGGAACAUAGACUUUGUAAAAUCUUUAGGAGCGGAUAAGGUUCUUGAUUACAAGACUCCCGAAGGAGCCGCCCUCAAGAGUCCGUCCGGUAAGAAAUACGACGCUGUGGUACAUUGCGCAAAUGGGAUACCGUUUUCGACAUUCGAACCGAAUUUGGCAGAAAACGGGAAGGUGAUAGACAUCACGCCGGGGCCGAGCGCGAUGUGGACUUACGCGGUUAAGAAAAUAACCAUGUCGAAGAAGCAAUUGGUUCCGCUUUUGUUGAUCCCGAAAGCUGAGAAUUUGGAGUUUAUGGUGAACCUAGUGAAAGAAGGAAAACUGAAGACUGUGAUUGACUCGAAGCAUCCUCUGUGCAAAGCAGAGGAUGCUUGGGCCAAAAGUAUAGAUGGUCAUGCUACUGGGAAGAUCAUUGUCGAGCCAUGAUAGCAUGUUGCAUCUGCGGUUGUUGACUGUUGUCUAUGUUUCUAGAAGCUUAUUGUUUGAUUCACGUUUUCACAUUGCUUUAUUUUGUUUUGUUUUAUGUACUACCCAAAUAUGUCGCGAGUUUUAAAAACAAAAACAAACAAUUUGAAUGGAAAAGUGAGUUCUUGUUCUCCCACAUUUGAAAUGUUUUCUUUUUAUGUUGCAUAUUGGUAUAUAA